GGCACGUUUGGGUUUUUUGUUGCUUUAGUUUUUUGGGUUUUAUUCCCUCAUCACAAGUAACUCUUCAGGGAGCGAGCAGAAAUAAAUCGGGAGGCACAGCGUUAUCUCCCCGCCCCGUCCCUUCACGUAAAGCCGCGUUUGGAGCGGCGCUCGUGGAGCCCCCGCUGCCGCCUGGGGAGCGCCUCCACAGCACCAAGACCAGCUGUUCUUCCUCAUGCUCAUGCUCAUGCUCAUCCACCCGCUCCCGCCGCCCUGGUCGCCCCGCGUGCGGUGCCGGUGCCGGGAUCGGGAUCGGGAUCGGGAUCGGGAUCGGGAUCGGGAUCGGGAUCACCGCCCCGCUCGCUGCCCGGCCCGCCCUCCCUGAGGGGAGCCGGCGGUGACGUCACGGCCGGGCCGCCCGGCAAUGGGCGCCAUUUUGAAACCGCGAACCCUCCCGCGGCUCCGGGCGGCUCCGUCCCGCUCCCGGCCCCGCUCCCGGCCCCGCUCCCGCGGCUCCCCCCGCCAUGGCAGGUCUGUGUCCGCGCUCCGCGCUCGGCUCCGCGUUCGCGCCGGGAUGGGCCGCGGGUCGGCUCCGUGUGGCCGCGGCAGCCGGCCGCAGGCCUGGCCGCGCCGGGCGGCACCGGCGGGUGAUGCGGGAGCGCGGCGGCCCCGAGGGGUCCGGGCCGGGGGCGGCGCGGGGUCUUCUCUCUCCUCCUUCUCUCACCGCCCUUUCUCCCUCCGCAGUAGUGGCGAGAGCUGGAGGCGACGGCGGCGGCAGCAACAACGAGGUGCAGUGGUGCUUCUUGCAGGUGAAGGGGGCGAUCGACGAGGACGUGGCGGAAGCUGAUAUAAUUUCAACAGUUGAAUUUAAUUACACUGGUGAUCUUCUUGCAACAGGAGACAAAGGUGGCAGAGUGGUUAUAUUUCAAAGGGAACAAGAGACUAAAAGCCGUCCUCUCGCUCGGGGAGAAUACAAUGUUUACAGUACCUUCCAGAGUCAUGAGCCUGAGUUUGACUACUUGAAAAGUCUAGAAAUUGAGGAAAAAAUUAAUAAAAUUAGGUGGUUACCACAACAGAAUGCUGCUCACUUCCUGCUGUCUACAAAUGAUAAAACUAUUAAACUAUGGAAAAUAAGUGAAAGGGAUAAACGAGCCGAAGGUUAUAAUUUAAAAGAUGAAGAUGGAAGACUUAGGGAGCCUUUCCGAGUCACAGAACUACGGGUGCCAACACUGAAGCCCAUGGACCUGAUGGUGGAGGCCAGCCCACGCAGGACCUUCGCCAAUGCGCACACCUACCACAUCAACUCCAUCUCUGUCAACAGCGACUACGCCACGUACCUGUCUGCCGACGACCUCCGCAUCAACCUCUGGCACCUGGAGGUCACCAACAGGAGCUUUAACAUCGUGGACAUCCUGCCUUCCUGCCCACCUUCCCUCCUUCCUUCCUGCCCGCCCACCCUCCUUCCUGCCUGCUCUCCUUCCUGCCCACCUUCCUUCCCUCUGUCCAUCCUGCCCUCUGGCCGUGCUGCUCCUGGAAACCAUAAGAGCUGGCAUUGGUUUCAUGUGGAACUGUGUGUUCUCUCUGCAGUUUUUGAGGAACCUGAAGAUCCUAGCAGCAGAUCAUUUUUUUCAGAAAUAAUAUCCUCGAUAUCUGAUGUGAAAUUCAGCCACAGCGGGCGAUACAUGAUGACAAGAGACUACCUGUCUGUCAAGGUGUGGGACCUCAACAUGGAGAACAGGCCCGUGGAGACCUACCAGGUGCACGAGUACCUGCGCAGCAAGCUGUGCUCCCUGUACGAGAACGACUGCAUCUUUGACAAGUUCGAGUGCUGCUGGAACGGCUCCGACAGUACAAUCAUGACUGGAUCUUACAACAACUUCUUCCGGACGUUUGAUCGGAACACGCGCCGGGACACCACCCUGGAGGCCUCCCGGGAGAGCAGCAAGCCUCGUGCCAUCCUAAAGCCACGCAAAGUGUGCACAACUGGCAAGAGGAAGAAGGAUGAAAUUACCGUUGACAGUCUGGACUUCAACAAGAAGAUUCUGCACACAGCAUGGCACCCCAUGGAGAACAUCAUCGCCGUAGCUGCCACCAAUAAUUUGUAUUUAUUCCAGGAAAAGGUUAACUAAGGAUGGCUGCCCGCGGACAGAGUCUCGUCUCACAUAGUUCAGCUCAGUUGUUUUUCUGUAACAGAAGGCCUUGUUGUCCUGUCAGUGAGGAACAUUGAUGCACUUACUUCCCUUGAGCUAUCGGAGAGCAUCUGGCCUGGCUUUGAGUUCCUGGCGUGGUUCUGCCUUCGGUGGGGUGGGAGCAUCCACGCGGCUUUCGGGGAGGACCCUCCGAGGCAGAAUUGGUGGACAGUGCUCAAUGAGGCCAACACUCAAAACAAAUGUAUUUAUUGAUGUCUGAGCCUUCCUUUCCAGUUUAUAGACCAAAAAGUUUAACACCUGAGAAGAAAAAGUUGUCAUAAAAAUGUAAUUUCUCUCUCUCGCUCUCUCUGCUGUAAUAUUUGGGCCUUUCAGAACAUUUCUCGUGCUUGAUGCCUGUCCAUUCCUCCUCGGGCCCGGGCCAGGGCCUGACCUGGGAGCAGGGCUUGAGCUGGGGUCUAGGCAGGUGUCCAUGGCUAUUUACUCACCACCUGUACCUAUAACCACACCUUCUGGUGGAAACCACUUAAUAAAUAACAGCCUAUCAAACGUGUUCUUAGAGCUGGAGGGAUGUAUUCAGUCUACUUUUUGUAUUGCAUGUCCUGAGCUGGUGCAGAACAGUUCUGGUGGCACCUCUGACAGGGUUUGCCCCAAAACACCAAGUUUUUGGCAGACUAAUACAAACUUUUUUGUGUAGUAUUUCAGAUUCUGAAUAUAGAGUUUCCAUGGCAUUGUCAUAGAGUUGGAGUUGCACUGGAUUUGUUGUCAAAGGCUCUGUGUGUGCCAAGUAGGAGAUGGAAAGGGUCCUAGAAACAUCCACAGCCUUAACCAAGUGUCGGCCUUGCACGGAGGGAACGAAACAUGGACACCUUCUCUGCUCUGGGGAUAAGCAUGCAGCUUCCUGGUGCAUCUCGCCCUCAGGCAGAGACAGACCUGACGUGCGUUAUGGUUUUUAACCUUUUUAGUAUUUGUCACAAAGGGAACAGUUUAUUUUAAGUAUUUGGCGUAGAAUCUUGCAUUUCCCACUGCAGUUCAAGAGCCACUCCGGGCUGGGCUGCCCAGGGAGGCCCCAGCUGGCGGGCCAGCAGCUGCUGGAGCUCUCUUGCUCACUUGUUUUAAGCCUUAGGUACUGUUUCUUUCUUUGUUUUUUUUCUUCCAAAGAGGCCUAAAUCACAUCCCCUUCCCCCGGAUGAGCCCGGGGCCAUGUCCAGCAGCCCCCAGCAGCCAGAGGCUGCACUCUGCCAGGUGCCUGCAGCCUGGGAACUCCUUCCCAGAGCCCCAAGCUUUCCCCCAGCCAGCCCCAAGUGGUUACACUCCGUUUUCCCUGGAACAAAGGCGUGUUCCAGUCCCAAGAGCAAACCGUGGCCGUCCCGCCCCUCCCGGUACCGCCCCCGAGCCGCUGGGUCCCAGGAAGGGGGGAAGGACAAAGCCUGAGGUUCUCCCAGGAAAGGCUCAGUCCAGCCGGUCCUGUCCUGUACGUUGGUUGUGACACUUUGGAACUCUGGAGAUGUGGAACUGGGGGGUCGCUGAAGCGUUGAUCCGACCGCGUUCCCAACGCCUGCUCGAGCCGAUCCGUGGGGUUGUACAUAAUUGUUCAGUUCUUUUGACCAAAAAGUUUAAUAAAUUUUAAAUGUUUA